AUGGUCGUCCCCAACCCCAAUGCCACCCAGCCCGAGCUCGCCGGCAAAGUCGCCCUAGUGACCGGCGGCGGCCGUGGCAUCGGCGCCGGCAUCGCGCUGGAGCUCGCAAAGAAGGGCGCCAACGUCGCCAUCAACUACGCCAGCAGCUCGAAGACUGCCGACGCGGUGGUCCAACAAAUCCAAGCCGAGGGUGUGCACGGCGCAGCCUUCCAAGCCAACCUGACUCAAGUCGAGUCAAUCGAGGCCCUUUUCGAGCAGGUAGUCAGCCACUUCGGACGACUGGACAUCGUGGUGUCCAACGCCGGAACCGAGAAGUUCGUGCCCCUGUCCGAGACCACUCUGGACGACUUCAACGCGGUGUUCGACCUGAACACACGAGCGCAGUUCUUCGUCGCCAAGAACGCCUACAACCACAUCCAGCCUGGCGGUCGUGUCGUGCUGAUGUCGUCUAUUGCUGCGGGUCUUGGUGUUCCUGGACAUUCACUUUACGCGGGCAGCAAGAGCGCUGUCGAAGGCUUUACUCGCUGCUUCGCUGCUGAUUUCGGCAAGAAGAAGGCUACUGUUAAUGCGAUUGCGCCUGCUGGUGUCAAGAGUGACAUGUGGAUGAGCAAUGCGUGGCGUUAUGCGCCUGGCUGCGAUCAGAAUUCUUCUAUUGAGGAGAUUGAGCAGGCUUUGGCUAAUGGUAGCCCCCUUGGGCGCUGUGGUGUGCCUGCGGAUAUCGGCCGCAUUGUGGCAUUCCUGGCCAGUCCCGCUGGAGAAUGGAUCAACGGUGAGUACUGGAAUGCUGGCUUGACCCCCUACGAGAAAAUGACUAAUUAUGUCCGGUUUACAGGUCAAAUUCUGCCAUGCAACGGUGGUGCCAAUAUCUAA